AUGUACCAAAUGCAAAGUAUUUUGACAGCAUGUUUUGCUCCAGAUACUAAGCUUCCUAAAGACUGGUUUAGGAACCAAAGCACACAAGAACUUUUGAGCGAAGCACAGCGAGACAUACUUUUUUCUGAAAACAGUGAAGAACAGCGAGUAGGUAAAAAACCCCAGUCGCCAAAACUCUAUGAAAAUCGUGAAAAAUUGCCAAACGGUUUGAGAGGAUAUUAUGUACAUAGACUUCUUGUAAAUGCUGUUGCAAUGUGGGCUUCGCCUCGUUAUGCUUGGUAUAUUUACAGACUUCUUGACGAAAUUCAUAGACAAGAACGUGAAGAGCUAGAGAACAAGCUUGAAGCAAAAGACAAAAGCAUUCAGAAAAGAAUACCACGUUCGGUACCAAAAGGAAAGGAAAAGAACUAUAAGUAUAUGAUUUAUACUGAAGAGAUGGAAAAUGAAGAAGAUAAAGAUAUGGUUAUGUUGCAUUUAGUCAGAAGAAACAACAAAAGCUUUUACGACCUUGCUAAGAUUUACAAAUCUGACAGAAAUUGGUUCUAUCGCGAAAACUUACCGAUUUCAAUGACCCCAAAUGAAGAUGUGAAACAAAUAGUUCAAGAUAC